AUGUGGAUCUGUAUAUUGGCCUAUCCUUCGGAUGAACAGAAUCUCCACACGAUUAAUCGUGAUACCUGGGAGGCUCUCCGAGACCCGCAUAUUCAAGUAACGUUGUGGAAGAUUUCAAAAGAUCUGGUUCAUAUGGCCGAAUCGAUGACCAGUCGGAAUCGCAAUUUCACCUGUCAAAACUGCUAUAAAACUGGUCUUUUUUUCUUUUCCCGUAACUUGCUCUGA